GACGGCUGGAUCAUGCACGCUGUUCUGCGAGGCACACCACAAUGCAAUGUGAAGAGGCGCUUGCGCAAAAAGUUUCUCUUUCGAAGUGGCGCUCACAUGCCAUGGUGCACUUGCGAGCGGCUGCAGUUUACAAGCAAUCCAAACCCACUGCUGCAAGGAGCAGCGGGUUGCCAACAUGGCCACGGGUAGACGCUAUUUGUACGGAAAUGCUCCAGGACCUAGCGUCGACAACACAAAACCGACGACGAGUCAGAGUGAUCGCAUUGCGAACAAUGAUCGGCCAAAAACAGCGCCCGCUCCACAUUCCAAAACGCUGCACACACGAAAAUUCAAGUCGGCGGACGGCUACACCCAAAUUGCAGGAUACAAGAUUGGUGGUUUCCUUGGUGCAGGCAUCUACACCAAUGUGUGGGAGGUGACAGAUAAGUCGACCAACACCAAGCGGGCUAUGAAGAUUUAUGAGUAUACGGUUCCCGUGGAUCACAGGAAUGCGGUUGAGGAAGUGAGGCAGCUGCAGGGCUGCAAGCACCCCAGCAUGUGUGAGAUCCGUCACGUGUUCAUGACGCGAUAUUUCCAAGAAUGGGGAGAAAUCAUCAACCCAGUCAAUCUGGGUAAAACUAUUCCUGAUAGCUGUGCAGGCCAGCACAAGAACCAGUACGCUGCACUUAACAAGGUGCUUAUGUUCGUGUGCCUGAUGGUCAAUGGAAUGGGUUCAACUGAAAGCAACGGUUCCGCAGGUCUUCGACAACCUCAGCAAGGUGGUCGGCCCAGCAACAGUGGUGACGGUACUGGCAUAGAAGUCGACAAGCGAGGACCAGGACAAUCGUUUUUGGGGCAACAGGCCGCUGAGAUGCAGCAUGAACCUAUUGUGAUUACUCGCUUCCGAGAACUGGCUUCCACAGCCAACCAGUGCCUGGUGCCAACUCCUCCGCUGAACACGCCGCUCUGA